GGGCGGGGCGCAGGGGCUGUCCCGCCCCCCCCCCCCCCGGCAGAAGGAGGGAGCAGCCCACGGCCCCGCGGGACCGGAGCAGCUGCAGCGCCCGCUCGGCUUCCUCUUCCUCCCCAGGCACGGAGCAGCCCUGUAACCCUUUUGCUGCCGCUCUUGCCGGUGCUGGCGCGGACAGACGGACAGACAGACAGACAGACGUCCCUCGGUCCCACCGCAAGCCCCCGUGCCGCGGCGGUGGGAGGCGAAGGCGAGGGGCCGGCGGGGUGACACCCGGUUUCCUUCCCAGUUUGGGGGGCGAUGGCCGCUUUCUGGAGCAGGCAGAACCAGUGGAGGGGGGUGCAGCAGCGCCCGAGGCUGCGGGACCUCGCCGUGUACGACGACGUCCCCGUCGGUGGGACCGUGUACUGGGAUGACUGGCACCUCCACGCCACGCCGGAGCCGUUCGGGAACGAGCCGAGGUGGGGGAACUCCGAUGAGGACCUCGAGCAGUGGAGGGAGGAAUUCCCGGACCUGUGGGCGCAAUACGAGACGGACUGCGGGCGGGUGUCCGGCAAGGUGGAGGUGACCGGGGCACCGGUGCCCUUCCAGCAGCAACCCCGAUUUUCAGCAGACGUGGAAGACGCGGUGGCGAGCAUCCUGCAGGACCUGCUGGAUGACGGCGUGGUGGUGGAAGGCAUCUCUUCCUCCAACAGCCCGUUACAGCCCAUCCGAAAGGCCGACGGGAGGUCGUGGCGCCUGACGCUGAAUUGUAGAGCCGUCAACAAGGCCACCCCCGUGACGGUGGCUCCGGUGAUCCUGGACAGGAGCAAGCUCAUCUCGACCCUCAGCCCCAAGAGCAAGUAUUUCUCGGUGGUGGAUCUGUCGAACUCCUCCUUCGCCAUCCCCUUGGCAGCAGGCUCCAUGGCCAGGUUCGCCUUCACCUUCUGGGACCAGCAGUACCUCUUCACCCGCCUGCCCCAGGGCUUCCACAGCACCACCUCCAUCGUGCACCAGCGGGUGGCUCAGAUGUUGUUGCAGCUGGACCAAGGAGACAAACCUUGGGUUUUGUCCUACGUCGACGACAUCCUCAUCGCUGGCAAAAACCAAAAGACGACCAAAGCCCGAACGAGGAGAGUCCUGAAGCUGAUCCAAGAAACGGGCUUUAAAGCCAAGUUUGAGAAGGCGCAGCUCGUCCAGCCCAAGGUGCACUACCUGGGGAUGACCAUCGGGGCCGAGGGGCGAGAGAUUCAGGCCAGCAAGCUGGAGGCCAUCAGCAGAGCACCCUGCCCGCGGGAUGUCCACAGCCUCCGCUCGCUGCUCGGCCAGUUCGGCUCCUUGCAGGAUCACAUCGCCAGCUACUGGGAGCUGGCCUGGCCGCUCCACCGCCUCACCACGGAGCAGACCGGCUGGGAAUGGGGACCGGAGCAGGAGGAGGCGUUGAACAACCUGAAAUACGCCAUCCUGGCUGCACCCACCCUGCGCUUCCCAGAUAAGUCCCAGCCCUUUGUUAUCAGGUUAAUGAUCGGCAAAGAGACGGUAGGGGCUGCCUUGCUGCAGGAAGAUGAAAGGGGCCGGCUGGUCCCGGUGGGACACAGCUCCCGCAUCCUGAAGGACCGUGAGGUCUCCUACGUGCCACAGGAGAAGGAGUGCCUGGCCGCGAUCUGGGCCGUGCAGGCAUUCGAGACCCUCGUAGGGCCGGCCCCCAUCCUUACCCAGAUGCCCCAUUCCCCUUGGAAGUAUCUCCUACGGGGCGACCCGUUGGGGUCCAGCGGGACGAACCCGCACCCGGCGCAGUGGACUCUGCUGCUGGUGAAGAAGGGGGUGGCGGCAAGGGGAUCCCAGCCGAAGAGGGGACACCGCCCCGGCAGCCUGGUCCCCACCGCUCCCCCCUUACAGCAGCUGCCCUCCCCCUUCCCCAAGGCCAACGUGUGGUUCACGGCCAGCAAGAAAGUUUGCUCCAUCGGCUUUGCUGCGGCCAACCUGGAAGAGCAGUGGCUGCUCGGGGUGGCCGAGGGCAGCUCGGUGUCGGGCGCGGAGCUGGUGGCUCUCAGGGAGCUGCUGCGCCGUCACCGGUACCCCUCACCCCUCUGUUUGUACACCAGCUGCUGGUCCUUGGUGGAAAGUUUGCAAAGCCAGAUCGAGGAGUGGGAUUGGGAGCCGUGGGCGCGCUCCAGCCAGGGUUUAUGGUCGAGCAUCCUGCAGUGGGUCCACGCCAACCCAGGGAUGCUGCACGUCAGGUACGUGGGCUGGGACGGAUGCAAGGACCCGAAGCAGUGGGAGUGGAGCCAGAAAGUGGGCAGGAGGGCCAGGGCGAUGGCUGGCAGGGCCGUGGGCAGCCGGCAAAUUUGGGAGCCUUCGAAGCACGAGAAGCAAGAAAUAAUCGCCCAGUGUCACAGCUGGUUGCACGAGGGGGUGGAGAGGACCCUGGCAAGGGUACGGCGGGUUGCGGGCUGGGAAGGUGACGGCAGGGAGGUGGCCCGUUGGGUGCAGAACUGCCUGAAAUGUGCCGCAGACAGGCACGGAGCGGACAGGGUGCUGGCCCAGCGGGCAGAGGGGCCGUGGUCGCAGCUCCAGCUGGGCUACAUCAGUGGUCUCUCUGAGACCGAGGAGGGGCACCGCUCCCUCUUGGUGGUGGAGGAUGAGUUUUCGGGGUGGGUGGAAGCCUUCCCGUUGCAGGAGGCGACCGUGGAGGAGAUGGCCGAGGUGCUCUACAGGGAGGUUUUUACGCGGUACGGGACGCCUCGUGCCAUCUGUUUGCCGAACCUGCCGCGUGUCCUCCGGCAUGCCGUCGUGAAGGCGGCAUCCGACACGGAGAUCCCGUGGGACAUCCUGCAGUCCGUCCAGGCGGCAUCGGCCACGGCAACCCUGCAGCGGCUGGCCCGGGGGGCCGGAAAGGAGUGGGUGAAGAUGCUCCCCUUGAUCCUGACGGGGAUCAGAUCCAUACAGGCACGGAAAGCGGUGCUAAGCCCUUACCAAAUUAUUUUUGGCUUCCCGUUGGAGAUGCGGAGGGGAUGCGAGGAGGACGUCUGUCCCCAGGGCAAUGUCCUCCCGCGGCUCCGCCGGCUGCAGGAGGACAGGGUCCUCUACAAGCACCGGACCCAAGUCGUGCUGCUGAAGGGCUGCUUGGAGGGGGAUGCUCCAUAGCCGUAGCCCCCCCCCCCGACUCCUCCAUGAGAUUGCUGUCUCUGUGGGUUGUGUAUCGUGGUGUGGGGAGAAAAUGGGUGUACUGGGCUUACUGGGGGGCUUUUAGGCAGGACUGGGGGAGCUUUUAGGCAGGACUAGGGAGCUUUUAGGCAGGACUGAGGAAUGCGCAAUGUCUUCUUGCUAAUGGUGUUCGAGGAUGGGGAGGGAAGACUUGCUGGGUAUACUGGUUUUGACUGGGAUGGAGUUGGUUUUCUUCAUAGCAUCCAGCACGGUGCUGGGCUCUCCGGCUGUGGCCCCAACAGUGCUGGGAGCACUGGGAUGGUGUUGCCACCCCCAGUCCAGGGGGGGCUUGGGGGAGCUGGGCCAGUUUUUGCUCGGGACCGUGGGAGAUGGUGAGUGAUGGCCUUUGCAUCACUUGCUUUGGUUUUUGUAUUUUCUUUCCCUCUUUUUCCACUUCUCCUUCAUUUAUUAAACGAUUUUUAUCUUGA